CCCCCCGCGUCGCCCCGAGCCAAUGGGGAGGCUCCGUACUGCCGGGUGUGAAGGGGCCGGCGCGGCUGCCGAGUUGCGAGUCGGCUAAAGCGGCGGGAAGUUCGUACUGGGCAGAAGGCAUUUGGCCUGCGGCUCGGGCAAAAAUGCCUCGUGUAAAAGCAGCUCAAGCUGGAACACAGGGCCCUGCAAAGAGACAUCUUGCAGAACAAUUUGCAGUUGGGGAGAUAAUAACUGACAUGGCAAAAAAGGAAUGGAAAGUGGGAUUACCCAUUGGCCAAGGUGGCUUUGGCUGUAUAUAUCUUGCUGAUACAAAUUCUUCAAAAUCAGUUGGCAGUGACGCACCAUGUGUUGUAAAAGUGGAACCCAGUGACAAUGGACCUCUUUUUACUGAAUUAAAGUUCUACCAGCGAGCUGCUAAACCAGAGCAAAUUCAGAAAUGGAUUCGUACCCAUAAACUGAAGUACCUGGGUGUUCCUAAGUAUUGGGGGUCUGGUCUACAUGAUAAAAAUGGAAAAAGUUACAGGUUUAUGAUAAUGGAUCGCUUUGGGAGUGACCUUCAGAAAAUAUAUGAAGCAAAUGCCAAAAAGUUUUCUCGGAAAACUGUCUUGCAGCUAAGCUUAAGAAUUCUGGAUAUUCUCGAAUAUAUUCACGAACAUGAGUAUGUACACGGAGAUAUCAAGGCCUCAAAUCUUCUUCUGAGCUACAAGAAUCCUGACCAGGUGUACUUGGUAGAUUAUGGCCUUGCUUAUCGGUACUGCCCAGAAGGAGUUCAUAAAGAAUACAAAGAAGACCCCAAAAGGUGUCAUGAUGGCACCAUUGAAUUCACCAGCAUCGAUGCACAUAAUGGCGUGGCCCCAUCAAGACGUGGUGAUUUGGAAAUACUUGGUUAUUGCAUGAUCCAGUGGUUGACUGGCCAUCUUCCUUGGGAGGAUAAUUUGAAAGAUCCUAAAUAUGUUAGAGAUUCCAAAAUUAGAUAUAGAGAAAAUAUUGCAGAUUUGAUGGACAAAUGUUUUCCUGAGAAAAACAAACCAGGUGAAAUUGCUAAAUACAUGGAAACAGUGAAAUUACUGGGCUAUACCGAAAAACCUCUUUAUCAAAAUUUACGAGACAUUCUUUUGCAAGGACUAAAGGCUAUAGGAAGUAAGGAUGAUGGCAAACUGGACCUCAGUGUUGUGGAGAAUGGAGGUUUGAAAGCAAAAACAGCAACAAAGAAGCGAAAGAAAGAAAUGGAAGAAAGUACAGAAUCUAGUGUUGAAGAUAUGGAAUGCUCAAAUACACAGACAGAGGAGGCCACACAAACCCGUUCAAGAACCAGAAAGAGAAGAGUCCAGAAGUAAUUCAGAUGCUGUUAAUUUGAACUUUUCUUUUCUUCCUUUUCAUUUGAUUUUUUUCUCCUUUUCUAUUUGUUUUAUUUUCAUGUGAGUCUUGUGGGGUGGGAAUAAUAAUUAAAUACCAAUGUCUUCAGAAAACAAACUUUUUUAUUAAAAUACUUUGUACAAUUUAUUAAAGGCUAAUUUAUGAAAUUU